AUGUCUGCUUCCGCUGCUCCCGCCGCCAACGACAACCGCAUCAAGCUCACCACCUCCGACAACGCUGAGAUUCCCGUCGACCGCGACGUCGCCGAGCGUUCCAUCUUGAUCAAGAACUUGUUGGAGGAUCUCGGUGUUGACAAUGAUGAGGCUAUUCCCAUCCCGAACGUCAACGAGGCUGUCAUGAAGAAGGUCCUCGAGUGGUGCGAGCAUCACCGCAAGGACCCUCCGGCUUCCCAGGACGACGACUCUGACUCCCGCAAGAAGUCAACCGACAUCGACGAGUGGGACCAGAAGUUCAUGCAGGUUGAUCAGGAGAUGCUCUUCGAGAUCAUCUUGGCCGCGAACUACCUCGACAUCAAGGCCCUCCUUGACGUCGGCUGCAAGACCGUCGCCAAUAUGAUCAAGGGCAAGUCGCCCGACGAGAUCCGAAAGACGUUCAACAUUCAGAACGACUUCACGCCUGAGGAGGAGGAUCAGAUCCGCCGCGAGAACGAGUGGGCUGAAGACCGCUAA